AUGCAAAGUUUGGGGGCUGUCACAGAAAAUAUUAGAGGUUUAAUUAAUACCCUUCUGUUUCCUCAGUUGAUGGUGGACAAUUUGCAACCAGAAAUACAAAAUAUUGCACAACACCUUAACCAUGAAGUUGCAGUUCGUGCAAAACAGUUGGGGUGGUCCAAAAGAGUUGCCAGAGAGGAAAGGAGAGGGAGAGAUAGAAACAUCUCUUGGAAGGUGAAAGGGAGUGUGCCAGGUGGACAGCCAAGAGAGUGGGUUGUCCACACAGAUGAUAAAAUCAUUUCCAAAGCAGGUUUUUCUGUCCAGGAGCAGUUAGCAACUGGUGGGGUCCUAUGGUUUCCUGACCUCACUGCACUGGAUUCCACUUGGAUUCUGCCUAUCUGCAUUGGUGCCAUCAAUUUAAUAAUAGUAGAGAUUGUUGCUCUACAAAAAAGUAGAAUGUCUCGUUUUCAGACGGGUGUUACCUACUUUGUUCGGGGAAUAUCAGUGUUGAUGAUUCCAAUUGCUGCGACAGUACCUUCGUCACUUGUUCUCUACUGGUUAUGCUCCAGCUUCAUGGGCCUUUCACAGAACUUGCUGCUGCGUUCUCCCAGGUUUCGUCAAUUUUGCCGUAUACCGUUGACCAAGGGAGAUUCAGACACUCCUUAUAAGGACCUCUUUGCUGCUUUCUACGCCAAGUACAUUUCAAGGAAAUGACAUACUUUUCAGCGAUUUUGAAACAGAA